AUGCUAUUCGCUUUCCUCGUGGCGUCCGCGCUGCCGCUCACUUGUGCCCUCGAGUCCAUCUGCCGUUCAUGUGAAGCGAUCAACAAUAACAUCACGUUCCUCACUCCCAACAACAGCGAACUACCUGGAGGAACCUACAUCGCUAUAAACUCAACCGGCAUUACCCAGCUGGCGGAUUAUCUUGACAACCAUCCAGACGCUUUCAUAAAGAACCUACUUCUGUCGGAUUCGACAUUCGAGGACCUUGCCAACGACUUUGGGUAUUUUGACACAAGCUAUGACCGGUUGAACCCUCCAGACGAGGCGCGUUGGGAAAAGUACCGAAGGAUGCACGCUGCCAACCAAGAACUAUCCCAAACGCUAAGACAGCAUGCAUUAGACCUUGAACAGCGGGUCAAGCGAAUCAUCGACCGUGUUGCGCCAACCCUCGAAUCACUUGUGUUGCUCAACUACCUCAGGCUAGACGAAGGCCAGUUCUAUAACUGGGACGACAAUCGAACGCGCACAGCCCUCGACCACAACUUUCCUCAGCUUACCCAUCUCACAAUUCGCGACUAUCAUUGGGAUUUCAAGCCGCUUCCAGGCCAAAGAUGGCGGUUCUUUCCUCCCCUCCCAUCAGUAACGCAUCUGCACAUCGUGGCCGACGCUAAUGCGUUCUCUGGGAGGUACCCAUCGUCGUCAACGCUUCGCAGAUUAGUGCCCAACGGCCAACGAAUUCGUCUUUCUGGCUAUCCGGCGAAGGAGUUCCACCCCAAAUUAUGGAAAGUCGUCCGUUGGUCGCGACAGAUUUUUCAGGCCAUUCUGGACUGGAAUCCCCGCAAAACAAUCAUAGUCCAGCCCAACUACAGUCCACGUGGUGGGUACUGCGGAAAUCCUGGGAUACAACAUGGCUGCAUGCUCGCCCAGCUGGCGUGGAACCCAGCCAUUCGUGUCCUCCUCCCACACGAAGAGGACUACAACCAUUAUGGCGUGUCAUAUGCUGCCGCACGGCUUUUUUCGCUGCGGAGAGCGCUUGCCGAAUUUGAGGGUCGUCUGGUGGACGGCGGAGAAGGUGAAUGGGAUAUACCGUCGCUAGACGAGACGAGUGAACAGAGGAGGUCUUCGCUGAGGUAUUGUUCUUGA